AUGGCUUGCCUUCUUCGCAGAGUUUCCGUGGCAGUUUUCUUCUUAGCACUUUGGGGCUUCGCCCUGGGGGACAGGCUGCUGGUGGUCCCUCAGGAUGGAAGCCACUGGCUCAGCAUGAAGGACAUUGCUGAGCGUCUCAGCGAGAAAGGGCAUGAGAUCGUGGUGGUGGUGCCCGAAGUCAACCUGCUCCUCCAAGAGUCCAAGCACUACACAAGGAGAAUCCACCCAGUGCCCUACGAUCAGGAGGAGCUGGAAGCCCGUUACCGUUCCUUCGGGAAACACCACUUUUCUCCACGCUGGUUGGUGACUGCCCCUGUGGUGGAGUAUAGGAACAACAUGAUUGUCAUCAAUAUGUACUUUCUCAACUGCCAGAGUCUCCUGAGGCACUCGGACACCCUGCGCUUCCUCCGGGAGAGCACGUUCGACGCCCUGUUCACAGAUCCGGCCUUACCUUGCGGGGUGAUCCUGGCCGAGUACCUGAACCUGCCCUCUGUGUAUCUCUUCAGGGGCUUCCCCUGUGCCCUGGAGAACACGUUCACCAGGACUCCAAGCCCCUUGUCCUAUGUCCCCAGGUACUACACUCAGUUUUCAGACCAGAUGACCUUCCUCCAAAGGGUGGCCAACUUCCUGGUGAGUUACCUGGAGAACAUAUUGCUCUACGCGCUGUAUGCCAAGUACGAAGACCUGGCGGGGGAACUCCUUGGGAGACAGGUGCACUUGCCGGCCUUGUAUCGGAAGGCCUCCAUUUGGCUGUUAAGAUACGACUUUGUGUUCGAGUAUCCCAGACCAGUGAUGCCCAACACGGUCUUCAUCGGAGGGUCCAGCUGCAAGAAACAGGGCAUCCUACCUCAGAAUCCUCGAAUGAGCCUGAGAAAUUUCCAGUCCAAAUCCUCUGCUCGUCUAUUGAGGAAACAGGUGAAGCUGGACCAAGAGGACACAGAGCUAAGAGGCUUGUUUGUUGCUAUUGUUGUUUAG